UGUCUGUUUAACUGCACCAACCACAGAAAGACAAGCUGUCUUCUGUGACCACAUCCCCUUUUUCUGAUGAAACAAUGUUUACUGUGUUAAACUGACAUACAGUAGUUGUCAUGUAUGUGAUCGACGUGGUGAUCUAACAGCAGGGUGAGGAGAAGCUAUGGGUUUAAAGGCAGCAUUGAGUGGAUUUGUCGUCUUCCUGCUCUCUGUACAAGUGGUACAGGGUCAGGAUGGCUGGGCAGUGACUUACACUCCUACUGAGAUCUGUGCCUCAAGAGGAUCAACAGUGGACAUGAGAUGCACCUACAAAUACCCAUCCAGGAUGAAUUACCAUUAUAUCAUCAUUGAGAGAACAUUCUGGUUUGCUCGACAGGAUGGAAAUGGACCUGUGGAUCUGAAAACAGACCCACAGUAUUCAGGUCGUGUGGAUGUUCAGUGUGGUGACAACGACUGCACUCUGAGAAUCACAGACCUGAGAGAGAGCGACUCAGCUGAGUACAAGUUCAGGUUCAUAACAAACCAACCUGGUGGCAGAUAUUCUGGAUUACCUGGAGUCACUUUGUCUGUCACAGAUCCAGAUCUGCAGGUGCAGGUGAGAACAUAUUCAUAUUCUACCUGGGCUGAGCUGACGUGUCACAGCAGUUGUCGUCUACCUGCUCGUCCUUCCUUCGUCUGGUACAAAAAUGGAGAGAAAAUUGAGACACAAACAUCUUCUUCUUAUUCAGAACACUUUGGUUAUGCAGACAGUUAUUCCUGUGCUGUAGCAGGACAUGAGGAUUCCCCCUCUCCUCCAGUGUGUGUUCGUGGUCAAUCCUGCAACAAAGUGACGUACGCUCACAGACGCAUCUGUGCCUUCAAAGGCUCAUCAGUGGACAUUUCUUGCACUUACAACAGUUACGAAACUAUCAGGUCUAAAUACUGGUUCAGUCCUGGACGUAGUCCCUUACAGUAUUCAGACCGUGUUCAGGUCCUUGAUGAAGGUGUUCGUGGUCAAUCCUGCAACAAAGUGACGUACGCUCACAGACGCAUCUGUGCCUUCAAAGGCUCAUCAGUGGACAUUUCGUGCACUUACAACAGUUAUGAAAGUAUCAGGUCUACAUUCUGGUUCAGUCCUGGACGUAGUCUCCAGUGGCAGAGUCCCUCACAGGUGGACUCUCAGCAUCGUGUUCAGGUCCUUGAUGAAGGUGGAGGACGCUCCACUCUGAGAAUCAAUGUGCAGGUUCAGGAGUCCAAACAAAGACAGAUCCAGGAACAGAACUCUGGACAGCCGCAGGGAUAA